AUGGUCAAGCUGUUAUGCGCGAUCGUCGGCGUACCUGGAAGCGCAUUUCCUGUAAACGUUGACGAGAAGGAAACAGUGGGAGGCUUGAAGAAUGCAAUCAAGCGCCAGAGCGAUGGCUUAAUCACGGGUCCUUGGCCGAAUCUGCAGCUCUUCCUAGCGAAGAAGGAGGGUGGUGAAUGGUUGUCGUCGAACGAUCCUGUCGUGAUAAGUACACGAAGUGGAACUACUACAUGUAUUCCUGAGCAAGUGCGUGAACUGCUGCACCAACAAAUCGACCCAGGGGCAGAAGUAGGCGAAUUAUUUGGAACUGCUCCGCCGAUGGUGAUCCACGUGCUGGUAAGGCUACCAGUUCCGCACACCCCGCUGCAGCCACAACUUGCUCGUGAUUAUGCGCAGGUAGUGCAGCCACAAGAUUUUCAUAAGCCGAGGUGGAAAACACAGGUCGACUCGACGUUUUCACUAACUGAGGGGUCGCUGUAUUUUGUCAACCGAGAGCAAGCCGUGACAGACCUCUGCCAGGUUCACCGUGAAGUGUUUCUCGGCUCAAAAAACAGCCACCGUGAAGACGCGUGGCCCAUUGCUCUAGCGGACAAUGAGCUCGGACUUGGGAAGAGUCGAUUUGGAAAGCAGUAUAUUCGACGUUGUCGCGAGGAAUGGCCCGAAACAGUCCCUGCUGGUGGAGGAUUUAAGGAAUCGUUGUGCAAAUGCCAGACGAUUAUGGUGGAGAUCGAUUGGGAGAUUUUCGUGGAGGCCUCGGAAAUGCGCGGGCGUCACACUUUAGCUUAUGCGCUGAAGAAGGCCAUGGAUGAAAGUAUUGCGCGGGCUGUGAUUAACAAGGACCUAUUGGAGCUGCCCGAUGGAGCACAGAUGCCAGAGUACUUAACCUCACACGAAGCGGGCGCCAGUGGAAAUCUCGUCGACAAAAUAGUGCGAGAUUUUGGACCGGUGUUUAUUGUCCUCGACGAGAUUGGGCGAGGCUUCGAGGCUGCCACAGGCGAUGGCACUGACAUGAAUGCGGAAGAGAAGGCGCGCAAUCUUUUUUUGGCCUUUUGCUCGACAGUUUUGCAGAGCUGGAUGAGCACACGAGGGGUCUUCUUCCUGCUACUAGGCUACGCGCCAUUUCUUCGGAAUGUGGGGGAGCGCAAAGACUGCAAACAACAUGCCUCAAGUAAAUUUAAGUUUGUUCGUCUGAGCUUGCACCUGAUCCGCCCAAACAAGAUCACGGAAAUCAUCAAGAGGACGCGGGUGGACGAUUCAAGAGUGGAGACUGUGCAGCAUCGAUGGAAUCUUGUUUCGGACGAGGAUUUGGACAAAGCUGCUCUUCAGAUGUACAGGAAAACCUGUGGCCACCCACGCACGAUGCUCCGCAUGUUAAAAAAAUUUCCGUGCUAUCAAGCUUUUUGCAAUGCGGCAGUGAAUUGUUUCGAAUUAAAAGAUGAUGACAAAGAGUGGGUAAAAGUCAACCGCGAGCUGCACUAUUGGCAGCCGAUUCUGCAACACCUGCUGCCAUCUAUUCUCGGUAAGGACAACAUUGACCUGAGCAUCGAUUACGAGUGGCCACCAGAAAGUCGCAGCUAUAAGAAAGUUCCAGUCGCCAGAGUCAUGGAACGCUGCCAUAUAGGAUGGGAAGGCGAAAUCACUCGAGCCAAGGUAUACGCGCUACCAAGAAUUCUUGCUGCGAUAGCCAGCAUCGUUCAGCCGCUACGGAAAUACAUCAUGACUAUAGACAAAAUAGUUGACCAAGUCACACUGGCUUAUGCGACCGUACUGGAGUGGGCGUUUCUCAAGCGGUUCCAAGAGCUCUUUUCACAGCCAUGCCAACCCAACAGUGCCCUGCCCAGUUUUUUUGGCGUGGACACAGUGUUUGGUAAGUGGCCGGAGGUUCAAUUCCCGACAGACCACUUGGCUAUACCAAAAAUUACCAAAGCGAAAAAGAGCAGCAAUAUUCCUACGCUUGACUCGCCAACUGCGAAUCCUCGCGAAUGGCGGCAUUUGAUGGAUGAAAUUGGGACAAGGCUGGAGUCGAGCUCGAACAAUUGUUUGUGUCUUAAGCCGCUCUCUGAGUCCUCAUCUGCGGACGUGAUUUUCAUGCGAAGUUCUACAAGAGUUGUUGGCAAAAAGCGAUCUCUUGAUAUCCAAACGCUAACGGUGGGGCUGGCAGUAAAGAAUUACAGCACAACUCCAUUUGGACCGAAGGAUCUGGACGACGAGUGCAUAAAGUUCACUGCGAUGUUUAAGAACAUGGAGUCGUCGACCAAGACAAAGUUUGGUGAUAUGACUAACGUGCUGUUUGUCUGUGCGACAAACUAUUGCCGUAGUCUUCAGAAUAAGUUUCACGGCAAGAAAUACUCGAAGCACCGUCAGAACGAUUAUCCUAUCCACGUAGUGCUGCUGGACUUAACGACGCCUGAAAAUCGCACUGAAUUCUUCGGACUGUCGGGUGACGAAGGGUUGGCCAACGUUUUAAAUGGAUUAAUCAACAAAACGGAGCGCGAGAGGUUGGUUGAUGGAAGCUAG